CAGAAACGUCAGAGUUGAAGUUUGCAGGUUAAAUGAAGGGAUGUUUUGUAAAAUUCAUUUCCUUUUCCUAAUUUUCUAUCAAAACAUUAUAUAAUUAUCUAUCCAGUGAUAAUGAUUAUCACCGACUACAUAUCUACACUUGCCGACAACCCUUAUUUCGGGGCUGGAUUCGGACUUUUCGGCGUAGGUUUCGGUGCAGCUCUGCUCAGGAAAAGUUACCAAACAUCUCUCAUUCUAUUCAGAAGGCACUACAUGAUAACACUCGAAGUACCUUGUCGUGAUAAGUCCUACCAAUGGUUGCUUCAGUGGAUGACCUAUAAAGGGGCCAAACAAACCCAACAUUUGAGUGUUGAAACUAGUUUUGAACAGAAAGAUAGUGGCCAUGUAAAGACAAAGUAUGACUUUAUACCCAGUAUUGGAACACAUUUCUUUCGGUAUGGAAGAUCAUGGAUUAAAGUAGAGCGUACAAGAGAACAGCACACAUUGGAUUUGCAUAUGGGUACACCUUGGGAGACAGUAGAGUUGACUGCAUUUGGAAGGAAUAAACAGAUGUUCUUUGAGAUCCUUGAAGAAGCUAGACAAAUGGCUCUGGAACGCCAUGAAGGGAAAACAAUAAUGUACACAGCACUAGGAAGUGAAUGGAGACCCCUGGGACACCCAAGAAGGAAGAGACCUAUUUCUUCAGUUAUUCUAGAUACAGGCAUAAGUGACAAAAUCAUGGAUGAUUGUCAAGAGUUCAUUUCCACCCCAUCAUGGUAUAUUGACAGAGGAAUUCCAUAUAGAAGAGGUUACCUUUUGUACGGCCCUCCCGGCUGUGGAAAGUCCUCCUAUAUAACGGCCCUGGCGGGCGAACUCGGUUUCUCCAUUUGCGUCCUCAACUUGUCCGAACGCAGCCUCUCGGACGACAGGCUGAACCACUUGUUGAGCGUGGCGCCGCAACAGAGCAUCAUACUACUAGAAGACAUCGAUGCAGCUUUCACUUCCAGGGAGGACACCGCCCAGCAAAAGGCCGCUUUCGAAGGGAUGAAUAGGGUGACGUUCAGCGGGUUAUUGAACUGUCUGGAUGGGGUUGCCAGUACGGAGGCUAGGAUAUUGUUCAUGACUACGAAUUAUAUAGAUAGACUGGACCCGGCACUGAUCAGACCAGGAAGAGUUGACCUCCAAGAGUACAUAGGGUGGUGUUCUCGGGAUCAGAUCGAAAAAAUGUAUCUGAGGUUCUACGACGGCGAGAACGCCAUGUCUGAGUCUAGGGUAUUCUCAGACAAAGUGAUGUCAUUCCAAACCGACAUCAGCCCAGCUCAGAUUCAGGGUUAUUUCAUGCUCCACAAGCAUUCAGACCCUAAAGAUGUCCUGGAUAACUGUGAGAUGAUUUGUAAAAUGAGGAAAAAGGGAUAACACCAUUAUUUAUUAUUCAUAAUCAUAUUAUUCGACGUCGGUUCAAGCAUUGAUCAGUAAUUUGAUUGAUUUAGUAAUUCAGUGAGAGAUAUUUGCUUCGUAUGGUUUAUAAUUAUAUAAGGGUGAUGAUUAAGUUUGUGUUCAAACUUCAAGGAAUGAUUUUUUUUUUAGUUUUAUUGAGAAGUGUCUCCAAGUAAGGAUGUUUUAAAAUUAAGAGUAGUUCCGGAAAUAUGCCUAAAAACCGAAAUAUUUUUUUAUGACGUUAUUUGAAGAGAUAUAGGAAAAACAAGACACUUUAUUAUUACCACUUUUCAAGCUCUACAAAACAGCGUUUAGAGAUUUUAUACAGGGUAUAUUUUUCACGGGUCAUAAAAAAAUAAAGUUGAUAAGGGUUUCCCCGAAACGAAACGUACAGAAAAUCUCUCCACGCUGCUGUUCGUGUCCUGUUUUCCUAUAUCUCUUAAAAUAAGGUUAGAAAAGAUAGAAACGGAAUCGGAAAUUCUCAGCUUUUUAGGCAUAUCUCCGAAACUACUCGGAAUUUUGAAACUUUCUAAACGGCGUAUUGUUAGGCUUGGAACUGCGGAACUUUUCUCUGAUGUAACCAUCUUCUUAUCUCUUAUGGUUUCCGUUAUCCGCAUGAUAGUACAGGGUGUCGAAACAAAAUCGGUUCUUGGCAAAUCUAAUUAUGGCUAAA